CGCAUUCACGUCCGACCUCGUGCGCGAGUGGAUCGUAAUUGACUGUGAUUUCGUGGGAUAUUUUUUGAUUUAAAAGAAAAAUAAAAGAAAGAAAGAGAAGAUGCCUGCCGAUAUGAUGGAAAAAACCUCCUCCUCCCCUGUCGCUGCCACCCCGGCGAGCAUGAACACAACCCCCGACAAACCCAAGACAGCCUCAGAGCACAGAAAGUCGUCAAAGCCAAUAAUGGAAAAGAGGAGGAGAGCCCGGAUCAACGAGAGCCUGGGCCAGCUCAAAACUCUCAUCCUGGAUGCUCUCAAGAAAGAUAGUUCCAGACACUCCAAGCUGGAGAAGGCGGACAUCCUGGAGAUGACCGUCAAGCAUCUCCGGAACCUCCAGAGGGCUCAGAUGACCGCUGCCCUGAACACCGACCCCACGGUCCUGGGGAAGUAUCGCGCCGGGUUCAGCGAAUGCAUGAACGAGGUCACCCGGUUUCUGUCCACCUGCGAGGGGGUCAACACCGAGGUCCGCACGCGGCUGCUCGGCCACCUGGCCAGCUGCAUGACCCAGAUCAACGCCAUGAACUACCCCAGCCAGCAUCAGCACCAGCACCAGCUGCCCCCCUCCGCCGGGCCCACGCACCCCUCCUUCGGCGGGUCGAUGGCGCAGAUCCCCAGCGCGUCCCCGCAGGUGCUGCCCAUGAACCCGGUCUCCUGCAAGGGGGGCUCCCCGCCCGCCGCGCUGCCCUCGGACGGCACCAAAGUGUACGGCGGCUUUCAGAUCGUGCCUGCCACCGACGGACAGUUCGCCUUCCUCAUCCCCAACGCGGCCUUCGCGCCCAACGGCCCCGUCAUCCCCGUGUACGCCAACAACGUGGGCACGCCGGUGCCCGUCCCGGCGGCCGUGUCCCCCGGAGCCCCCUCAGGGAACACAGACUCAGUGUGGAGGCCGUGGUGAAAAGUAAAAAAGAAACGAGAAAAAAAAAGACUCUGAAACGACACUUAUUAGUUUCCUCCUCGGUGAAUGAUAGAAACUUGUUUUAAAUCCGUUUUUUCUUGUAAAAAUGAAACGAGUAUGCACUAUAUUUGUACAGCUAACAAGGGAGUAAAGUUCAUAUUGAAAUGGGAUUUGUAUUGUGGAAGUCCGUUCACUGCAUUUUUUUAUAUAUAUAUUUGAGUUGUCUUUUUUUUUCCUUUUUCUUUUUUUACUGUGUGACGCCAAAGAUAUGUUUAAUGCUCUUACGCUGUUCUUCGUUUUGGAAGACAAAUAAAUUUGUAAAGAGAUGAAAAGCAAGCAUUGUUCUCCCUUGUUUAUGGUGAAAUAACACCUGAUCUGCUCCUCAGUUUUCAAUGUGGGAUCGUUUCCAUCAGGUUUAUGUAGCCUCCACUCCAGGCACCGACAG